AUGUGUGGCUGUACGCACAGUACUCAGGACCAAGCACUCCACCUGGAUGGGGAGCCCAAUCCUACUGCAGCCCUAUCAUCCACCCUCGCACCGAGGAAAAUGCCAAAAAGCACUUCAAUAUCCAAACAGCUGGCUUCAAUAAAAGCUCUGAAGAAAGGCUCAGAUCUGGAAAAAGCCAUUGCCACCAUAGCCCUGAUUUUCAGAAAUUCUUCUGACCCUGAUGGUAAACUUGGAAAAGCUACAGCCAAAAAUCUGCUGCAAACACAAUUUAGGAAUUUUACAGAGGGACAAGAAAACAAAUCAAAAUACAAAGAUCUUCUUUCUGAACUUGACCACAACACAGAAAAUAAGCUUGAUUUUGAGGAUUUUGUGAUCUUGCUCUUAAGCAUUACUGUCAUGUCAGAUUUGCUACAGAAUAUACAAAGUGCAAAACAUAAGAAAUAA